AGGUUGGAACAUAAAAACCGAGUUAAUGUUUCCAGCCGGGCAUUUCUCAAGGCAACGCACAACAAUGUCAACAACAGCUUUCGAAGAUACUUGCGCAAUUUUAUAUAGGCUUCUAAGUUAAUUGUGAAGUGUUCCCGUUGUUGUUACCUUUAUUUCUUUAUUGAACACAUUAACAGUGAUAGGAGCUGUAGCUAAAUCAAGCUAGCGGACACUUUUAGAAUGCUAACAUGAUGCUAAGCCCGUCGGCCGAGUCACCAAACGACAGAAACUCCCUAUACAGUCAGUCACAAAACAACAGACAUAAAAGCGGGGAUAAAACUAGUCCUAUAAGCGUCAUCCUGGUUAGUUCUGGGAGUAGAGGGAACAAACUUCUAUUUCGGUAUCCUUUUCAAAGAACAGCUGAUUGUCCGUCUUCUCUCUCAGCAAAACCGCGUAAUCCAUAUGCACUGAACACAGCUGGGGAUGUUCAGGAAGAUCCAGAUGGUGAUUCAAGGGAGCAAUGUCCGCUAACUGACGAACAGUUGGUAGCAGGGUUUUCUGAUAGCAUCCUGGCCACCAUCCUGGCCACCAAGAACGAUAUGUGUGGAAAGAAGUUUGAACUCAAGAUAGAUAAUGUUCGAUUUGUGGGUCACCCGACUCAUCUGCAGCAUUCUUCGCUCAUCCAGGUUUCCAAAACAGAUCCUUCGCCUAAGAGAGAAACGCCUACAAUGAUCUUGUUUAAUGUGGUUUUUGCACUAAGGGCAAACGCUGAUCCGUCAGUGAUCAGCUGCAUGCACAACCUGUCUCGGCGCAUCGCCAUAGCCCUUCAGCAUGAGGAGCGCCGCUGCCAGUACCUGACCAGAGAAGCCAAGCUGAUGCUUUCCAUGCAAGACGAGAUCACCACUACGACUGAGAAUGGAACCCCGCAGUCUCCAUUUAGACAAAUUCUUCCAAAAUGUAAGCUAGCCAGGGACUUAAAGGAGGCCUACGACAGCCUCUGUACAACAGGUGUGGUACGAUUACAUAUCAACAACUGGCUGGAGGUCAGCUUCUGCUUGCCUCAUAAGAUCCACAGGGUUGGUGGGAACUACAUCCCCCCAGAGGCACUAGAGCGCUGUCUGAAGGCCAUAAGGCCCUAUCAUGCCCUGCUGCUGCUAGAAAGUGAGAAGGCGCUGUUGGAUCAACUUCCUCUUGACUGCUCUCCUGCAAUGGUGCGCCUGAUAAAGACCUGCUCAGCAGUGAAAAACCUGCAGCAGCUUGCCCAGGACACUGACCUGGCCUUACUUCAGAUCUUCCAAAUUGCUGCUCACUUGGUUUACUGGGGCAAGGCGAUCAUCAUCUUUCCUCUUUGUGAGAAUAACGUCUACAUGCUGUCUCCUCAUGCCAACAUCUCUCUAUACUCCGCUUUGGCUAAGCAAUUUGCUCAGCAGUUUUCUGGCCAUGAUCUGCCCUCUGUGUUGGCCAAGUUCUCUCUACCGGUCUCAUUGGCCGAAUUCAGAAACCCGCUGGAAGCCCCUGCACAGGAGGCCCAGCUCAUCCAGAUGGUGGUGUGGAUGCUCCAGCGCCGCCUGCUCAUCCAGUUGCACACUUAUGUUUGCCUUUUAAUACCACCCACUGAAGAUGAGCCUACACCCAAGGUUGAAGAACUUCCACUGGCUGCGCGGGUUGGAGGCCGCAGUCUCAGCACCCCGAGCGCUCUCAGUUUUGGUUCUCCAACCAGCAGUGACGACAUGACCCUAACCAGUCCCAGUAUGGAGAAUUCCAGCGCUGAGCUUCUGCCUGGUGGAGACUCUCCUUUGAAUAAAAGGAUGACAGAAACACUCCUGGCAAGCCUGUCGGAGCAUGAGAGGCAGGUUAUACUGAACAUCCCGGCUGCGCAAAAUCCAGAGGAUCUGCGGAGUUUUGCCAGGCUGCUGCACUAUUUUCGGGGACAUCACCACCUGGAAGAAAUCAUGUAUAACGAGAACAUGAGGCGAUCGCAGCUCAAGACGCUGUUCGACAAGUUCCGCAGUGUCCUCAUUGUGACGAACCACGAAGAUCCUAUUAUUUCUAUCUUUCAGUCUCCCAUGGAGUACACAGCAUGACUGCCCACAUACUGAUUCAUCUGCAACAUGCUCAGGACCAAGGAGGCUCUGCGGAUGACUGACAUGACGGCAUUAGUGUGUGAAAAGUUACAAAAUACAGAGUAUUUUUUAUCUUUGAGCCAAACCUUUGUUUACAGUAUUAAAUAAUUUUAUACAUGCCAGACAUGCCUUAUGGAUUCACUGUGAAAAGGGGAAGCACUGGUGCACUGGGAGUCUGACACAAUUGUCCGUGCCGGCUUCAGAAGUGCACAUCAAGCACUUAUCGUUCCAGGCCUCCAGCUACCUCUCUUUAGGCAUCCCAAAGGUGGAGAUGGGAACACUGCAGAGCAAAAAAGAUGAAGAGUCUUAACAGCAAGCAGCUUCUUUUUGCACAGGCUCGGGUUGGAUGGAAAGGGGCUUUCACAAAAUCUGUAAAAAUCACUGAGAGGAACAUUUCUCCUGGCUGAAUGCAUAUUGGAAAGCAGGUGGAAUUAUAUGAGACAGACUACUGUAUGUAUGAUUUUUUUUUAAAAUAAACUCAGUCAAUUACCUUACUGUA